CGUGAGAUUUUGUCUCCCGGCCGGCUAAUAAAAUCCACCCCAUAAUCGCCUUGUCCGGCUUUAGUGCGCUCGCUGUCGGCUCUUCCUGCGUGCUUUAGCUCCUUCUCGGCUGAUCCUUCUGUCUCUCCCUACCCCGGUCACCCGGCUUCCCGAUUCUUUUCCUCUCUCCUUUCGCGGUUCAGCAUGCAGGAAAAAGACGCCUCCUCACAAGGUUUCCUGCCUCACUUCCAACAUUUCGCCACGCAGGCCAUCCACGUGGGCCAGGAACCAGAGCAAUGGACCUCCAGGGCUGUGGUGCCCCUCAUCUCACUGUCCACCACGUUCAAGCAAGAGGCGCCCGGCCAGCACUCGGGUUUUGAAUAUAGCCGUUCUGGAAAUCCCACUAGGAAUUGCCUUGAAAAAGCAGUGGCAGCACUGGAUGGGGCUAAGUACUGUUUGGCCUUUGCUUCAGGUUUAGCAGCCACUGUAACUAUUACCCAUCUUUUAAAAGCAGGAGACCAAAUUAUUUGUGUGGAUGAUGUAUAUGGAGGUACAAACAGGUACUUCAGGCAGGUGGCAUCUGAAUUUGGAUUAAAGAUUUCUUUUGUUGACUGUUCCAAAAUCAAAUUACUAGAGGCAGCGAUUACACCAGAAACCAAGCUUGUUUGGAUCGAAACCCCCACAAACCCCAUCCUGAAGAUGAUUGACAUUGAAGCCUGCGCACAUAUUGUCCAUAAGCAUGGAGACAUUAUUUUGGUCGUGGAUAACACCUUUAUGUCGCCGUAUUUCCAGCGCCCUUUGGCUCUGGGAGCUGAUAUUUGCAUGUGUUCUGCAACAAAAUACAUGAAUGGCCACAGUGACGUUGUAAUGGGCCUGGUGUCUGUUAAUUGUGAAAGACUUCAUAAUAGACUUCGUUUCUUGCAAAAUUCUCUUGGAGCAGUUCCAUCUCCUCUUGAUUGUUACCUCUGCAAUCGAGGUCUGAAGACUCUACAUGUCCGAAUGGAAAAGCAUUUCAAAAAUGGAAUGGCAGUUGCCCAGUUCUUGGAAUCUAAUCCUGGGGUAGAAAAGGUUAUUUAUCCUGGGCUGCCCUCUCAUCCACAGCAUGAGUUGGCGAAGCGUCAGUGUACAGGUUGUACAGGGAUGAUCACCUUUUAUAUUAAGGGCACUCUUCAGCAUGCUGAAAUUUUCCUCAAGAACCUAAAGCUAUUUACUCUGGCUGAGAGUUUGGGAGGAUUCGAAAGUCUUGCUGAGCUUCCGGCAAUCAUGACUCAUGCAUCAGUUCCUAAGAAUGACAGAGAUGUCCUUGGAAUCAGUGACACACUGAUUCGACUGUCUGUGGGCUUAGAGGAUGAGAAAGACCUACUGGAAGAUCUAGAUCAAGCUUUGAAGGCAGCACACCCUCCAAGUGGAAGUCACAACUAGUAUUCCAGAGCUGCUAUUAGAAGCUGCUUCCUGUGAAGAUCAAAUCUUCCUGAGUAAUUAAACGGACCAACAAUGAGCCUUUGCAAAAUUUUCAAGUGGAAAUUUUAAGGCACCUCAUUAUCUUUCAUAACUGUAAUCUUGUUAGGGAUCAUCUCUGUUAAAAAGUUUUCUGUAUGUCAUAUUAUAAUUACAGGUCAAUUCUGUUAAUAUCUUUUUGUUAAUUUUGCUCUAUGUUUGCCUCUGAAGGAGGUGAGAUUUGUGCUGCUUUGGGGGAUCAUGUUCUUUUUUCAUGCCUAAGAUUUAUUUUGAUCAUGUUUACAAUAUAAUGGUCAUUCAUUUUUAUGUUUUGUGAAGAAUUUAAAUUUAAACGAAUGUUCUUAAAUCAAGUGUGAUUUUUUUUUUGCGUAUCAUUGAAAAGAACAUUAAAAGCAAUGGUUUACACUUA